AUGCAUCUUCUACCUCUGAUUCUCCUGCCCCUGACAGCCCAGGCCAUCAACAUCGUCUCAUCCAACGACGAUGGAUGGGCCGAGAUUAAUAUCCGCCAGUUCUACCAGGCCCUGACCGCAGCUGGACACUCCGUCGUGGUGUCUGCGCCAGCCGAAAACCAGAGUGGAACAGGCUCUUCUGACAAAACACCCACCACUCUGACGGAACCAUGCGAGUUCAACAGCUGUCCCUCUGGCAGCCCUGCGACAGGUUACAAUGCCUCUGACCCGCGACUCAACUAUGUCAACUCGUACCCCGUCACCUCAAUGAAAUACGGCAUCAGCACCGCGGCGCCCCCGUUCUUCAACGACGCCCCUCCAGCCCUAGCCGUCUCCGGCCCCAACGUGGGCUCGAACCUCGGACUGGCCGUGUACUUCUCCGGCACAGUCGGCGCAGCACACUACGCCUCCGAGGCCGGGAUCCCCGCGAUCGCGUUCUCGGGCAGUACCGGCUCUCAGACGGCGUGGAACGUGGCCGUGCCGGCAUACAGCCAGGUGUAUGCGCAGCUGGCCACCAAAGUCACCAAUAAGAUCGUUGCCUCGGGGACACCAUACCUGCCCAAUCACGUCUGGCUGAACGUCAACUUCCCCGAGGUGAGCACUGAGUGUGCCAGCGCGGACGACUUCAAGUUUGUGUUGUCCCGGAUCUUCUCAGGGCUGCUUUCGGCGGAUGAUGUCGAGACGUGUGGGAGCUCGCGGCUGCCGACUGAGUCGACGGUCGUGGGUACGGACGGAUGCUAUGUCAGUAUCUCUGUGGGCUGGAGCGACAAGACCGAUGCAGCUGCCGAUGUGCAGGCGAUUGUGCUGGAUAAGCUGGGUGAUUUGUUGGAAGAAGAGGCCGCUACAUUGCUCUGGAGGGGGGAGGCGACUUGGGUUAAAUUGCGAUGGGUGAGCGUGCCCGAGUCCAAGGGAGGUGUGCUUGCAGAGCGAGAGUUUUUGUUUCGUGAGGUUGGAUUGGAGAGAUGGUUAAACGGGCUGGAUCUGGAAGGCAAGGACGUCGCUACCCGGAUUGAGCAAAGACGGCAGAAUAUGGAGGGACGCCGGCUGAAGCUCGAGUCCACCGAGGGAACGGGUGAAAGGAAGAUGGAUUCCAAGUCGGCAAAGGGGGACAAGGAGAUCAUGCGGUAUGGCAAUGAUGAGAAGUCACCUCUGGAGAAUGUCUCCAACGAUGAUAUUCCGUAUUCUGAUUCCGACGACGGUCCGAUCCCCGAGUCUGCUGGACAGAUCAGAGUUGCGUUGCUCCGGGGAGAGCAAACAAGGAGAGUACUCGCCGCAAUUUGA